GUUUGGAACAUCCUGCACCGCUUGGACGAGAAGAGCCCAUUAUACGGCCUCGAUGAGCACAACUUUGCGGACAAAUUCCUCGCCUUUGUAGUGCAAAUUGAAGGCACGGAUCAGACCUACAUGCAGAAGGUUUUUGCUAACAAAUGCUACUACCCCACCGACUUCCGCUUCAACGAGUCCUUCGAGGAUAUCAUGACGAUGGGCACCAACACCAUCACGGUUGACUUGAAGGGGCUCAGCACCACUCGAAAGGUUGCCGAUCGCUCCAAGCGAUUGAGCUUCCUCAGGGCCAACACAUUCUCACUUGAUGAGGCACAGAAGAUCGCAGCCUUGCAAGCGCAGAAAGAUGAAGCGGACGAGGCCAAGGAAGACGAGGACAGGGGUUGA